CAACAGCAAGGAAGAAGAAGAGAAGAGGAAGAAGAGGAAGAAGAAAGGCAACGCCACAACGCCGCACACACAACAACGCUUCCGCCGUGCCGUCACCCUGCAUCAUCCCCAGCCACCCACACACGCCACGGCAUCAGCACAGCAGGCAUUGGAGAAGGGAGGACACGGGCCAGCAGCCAGGAGAGGGAGACAAAACAAAAGGUGCACACCCCUCACAUCAUCAAACACCUCCCAUUUCCCGCCAGCAGUUGUUGUUGAGGAAGGAUGGACCCCUUCUUCUCGCUGUCACCGGAUGAACAAAGACAGCGGGCAAGGUCGCAACUUCGGCAGCUAUUGCGCCACACCAUGCUCAUCGGGCCCGUGGACCACCCCCAACAACAGCUGCAGCAGCUACCACAGCUACAGCAGCUACAACAGCUACAGCAAGACGUGCCGCGAGCGACGCAGGUGAACAGCAACACCCCCAACAUGAGCCAUGCGAGCGACACUGACGACUCGGAACGUGCCGCGGUGUCACACCCACAGGACGCAAGCGGGACAACGGCAACAACAACCGCGGCGGCGUCUGUCACCGUGGAGCAGGAGGAGGCGGCAAUGAGGCAGAUGCGGAUUGCUGAAGAGGAAGAGGUGGAGGACGAGGCGGAAAUGUGGCAGACGCUUCGAGAUGAGGAGGAAGAGGGCGACGAUGACAGUGAUGCUGAGGAUGCUGAUGAUGUCACCAUGGUUGAUGUAACUGUGAUGGAUAUGGAAGACGUUGGCGAUGACGUUGGACAAAUUCAUGUGGCCGGUGUUGAGCGCGCUGAUGCUGGUGGUGGUGAUGGUGUUGUUGGUGAACAUCAAAACGCAGAUGUAAUGGACGUUGCCUGUGAAGACGGUGUUAGCAUUAGAGACACCGGCCCCACCCAUCAUAGGGAACACCCCGUGCUUGUUGCCGAAGCACCUGCUGUUCGUGGUGCUGUUGAACAACACCCAGCACAGGCCGGUCCUGCGACACACCCGGCAAUGCCUGUCGAACACCACACCACGGCUUCUGCUUCAACCACAUCUCACGCUGCCCACAGCGCCAUCCAUGUUCCCAACAUCAGCAGUGGCGGCGACAAUGAAGAUGCGCAUCAGGCGAUGGACCACCAGUCGCACGACGUCCACGAGGUGAACAAUGACCUUGGGAACGUCCCAUUGGCUCACGAAACCACCGCCCUGGCCACAGCUGUUGCUGAUGCUGGCGAUAUUGCUGGCAACAGUGCUACGACCGACAGCCACCACCACCACCACCACCACGAACAGCAACAGCAGCAGCAGCAGCCACAACAGCAGCAGCAGCAGCAGCAGAAGCAGCAACAGCAGCAGCAACAGCAGCAGCCACAACAGCAGCAGCAACAGCAGCAGCCACAACAGCAGCAGCUACAACAACAGCAGCAGCUACAACAACAGCAGCAGCUACAACAGCAGCAGCUACAACAGCAGCAGCAUGGCAAUGAUGACGACGAUGGCGACGGCGGUCAUGGUGUGGGGGAUGCAGCCGAAGAUGCAACAACCACAAGCAGCGGUGAUGAUGGUGGUGAUGGUGAUGAUGGGGAUGAAGGGACGCCGGACAGCGCGCGUGAGAGCGCCCGGCGUGGUGGCGAUGGCUCCAUGAACGAUGAGGAAACACAGCAUGCGCUGGCACUGGCUGGUCUGCCGCCAGCAACAGCGUGCGCAUCGGUAACGUCGCUGGAUUUGGAGGCGCGCAGCCUGGGGCAUGUUCCCGCUGCCAUCUCAAAGUUUGCCUUUCUCCAUUUUGCAAACCUCUCCAACAACCAGCUCACAGACCUCCCCGAUGCCAUCUGCUCGCUCCCUUGCCUCAACCACCUGGACGUGAGCCACAACCGGCUGCGGUCGUUGCCUGCAGGCAUUGGCAAGCUGCAGCGGCUGGUCAAGCUUGACUGCCGCGUCAACCAGCUCAGAGACCUGCCCCUCUCCCUCGAACAGUGCACGGCGCUCCAGACGCUGUAUGUGUCUGGGAACGAGCUGUCUGCGGUGCCGGCUGCUGUUGUGCGCAUCCCCGAUCUGCGUCGCCUCUACAUCGGCUCAAACAACAUCAGACGCAUCCACCCGGAUAUCGCAAACCUCACGCAACUCACGGUGCUGUACCUCGGUGGGAACCUGCUGCGCGCGCUCCCGCCGGAGCUGUGCCGCCUGCGCCAACUUCGCGUCCUCUACCUCGGCGACAACAGACUCGCAGACCUGCCGCGUGGCAUGGACCAGCUCACCUCGCUGUGCACCCUCAACCUCCACAAGAACCAGCUGCGCGCGCUCCCACCAGAGCUUGUGCACAUGGCGUCGCUGCAGCAACUCUCAUUGCGCGGCAAUCCACUCGUCACCAGCUUUGCCCUCGAGGCGACACGCUCCCCGCUGUCCCUCCAGGAGAUGUGUGCCCGCACCAUCAAGAACCACAGCAUCCCCUACUGCGAUAAGUGCGUGCCGCAGGUGCUGUGCGAGUACCUCGACUCUGCACAGCGCUGCUCAAACCCGGCGUGCCAGGGCGUGUACUUCACGCAGGGCAUCAAGGAUGUCCAGUUUGUGGAUUUCUGCGGCAAGUACCGGGUACCCCUCCUCAAGUACCUCUGCUCACCGUGCCACACAGAGCCCAAGGUGCCCCGGGAGGCGAUGACACAGCAGAUUCGCCACAAGGUCCGGCGGGUCCUCCUCGACAACUACGAAGACCCCUGCGAGCACACGCAGUGACCCGUGAUUGCAAGUGACUGCUGUGGUCAUUGAUGGUGAGUGCAAGUGAUGUGAUGUGACAUCGAACAAGGAACG